GAGAGAGAGAGAGAGAGAGAGAGAGAGAGAGAGAGAGAGAGAGAGAAAGAGAGAGGGUGUGUAUGUGUGUGUGAGAGGGAGAAAGAGAGGGAGAGAGAAAGCCAGAGCCAGAGCCAGAGAGACGAGAAAGAUAAAGGAAAGACAGACGGAACGAUAGACUUGUGCGUAAAAAGUACUGGUGCCCCCUUCUUCUUCUUUUUCUUUCUCAAUUUCCAUCAGACAAAAACCCAAAACCGGCUGCUUGGAUGAACCAAAACCUAUCGAUCUGUCAGUACUACACCUGGAUUCACUGACCAGCCGCACAGCAGGCAUGUCCCGAAGGAAGCAGAGCAACCCCAGGCAGAUCAAACGUCCCUUGGAGGAUGGCCUGGAGGAAGAGGAGGAGGAGUGUGUCUCCGAAGAGAACGAGCUCUUAGCCAAAGACGAGUUCUCGGUGGAGGAGAACUUCACUGCCGAGUUUGAGACUGAGAACAUGAGCUGCGAAGACAUGGAGUACUUCUGCAACAAAGGAGAGGAAGAUGGCAACCGAGAAGCAGGAGAGUCGGAGAUGGACGGACAGGGCGAGAAGACCAGGCAUGCUGCAGUGGGGCCAGAUGAAUGGGAUGGUCCAAGAGAGCUGGAUGCCUUCCUUAAAGAUGGCGAGCGUCGGAUCCACAGUCGGCAGCAGCUCCCUGUGGGGACAACAUGGGGACCCUUUGAGGGGAAGAUUGAGAUGAGCACUGACAGCACUGCACUGACGAAGAGCACGGUCCCGGUGGUGCUGAGCGCCGGCCCCAGGUGGCUGCUGGAUGUGACUUGGCAGGGAGCGGAAGACAACAAAAACAACUGUGUGGUGUACAGCAAAGGUGGCCAACUGUGGUGCACCACCACCAAGAACAUGAUGGAGGGCGAGGAGCUGGUGGCGUUUGCUGUGGACUUUGACUCACGUCUGCAGGCAGUGAACCACAUGUCUCUGAGUGAGGGCAUGUACCCAGCCAGGCUGCUGGACAGCAUCCAGCUCCUGCCGCAGCAGGCCGCAAUGGCCUCCAUCCUGCCCACUGCCAUCGUCAACAAGGACAUCUUCCCCUGCAAGGCAUGCGGAAUCUGGUUUCGGAGCGAGAGGAACCUGCAGGCCCAUCUGAUGUACUAUUGCAGUGGGCGGCAGAGGGAGCCAGAGACAGUAGUGGAGGAGAACGACACUGGACCCCACCAGACCCCCAGUACCUGCCCUUUCCCACAGUGCAACAAGAGCUUCUCUGGAGCAAGGGCCCUGGAAAUGCACUUGAGCACCUCACACAGCGGUGUCAAAAUGGAAGAGAGCCUCCCUCCUGGCACCAGCUUGAAAUGCACAAUCUGUAACUACACGGCAGAUUCUCUUAUUACAUUCCAGCAUCACAUCAUGUCUCACCUGUCACAGGCGGCCUUCAGAUGCAAUCACUGCCAUAUCAGCUUCCAGAGCCACAGGGAACUCUUACAGCAUCAGGACUUACAUGGGCACGGCAGCAAACUUCACAGGGAAGGCGACGGCAGUGAGCAUUCCCCCAGGGGGCCUGAGGAAAGCCUCCAGCAGCAGCAGCAGCAGGCCCGCGCUGAGCUGGCCAACAGGAAGGAUGCUCUGCUGGGAAGUCCCAAAGGGGCCCUCAACAAGGAGACCAGCACAGACGGAGAGGCUGACAAGGCUGAGAAGAAGCCCAUGCUGUCGGUUCAGAAGGGAGAGUCGCACCCAGGCAGUAAAGCCAGUUUUUCUUACACUAGGAUCAAGUCUGAGCCCUCCAGCCCCCGGCUGGCCUCCUCCCCUGUGCAGCAUAACAUGCCUACAUUUCCCAUGGGCCCCUUCUUGUCUCAGUUUGCUUUCUCCCAAGACAUUUCAGUAGUCCCGCAGGCUUCUGAGAUUCUGGCUAAAAUGUCAGAGCUAGUUCACCGGAGGCUGCGCCAUGGAGGGAACAGCUACCCCCCUGUCAUCUACAGUCCUCUUAUGCCCAAAGGAGCCACCUGUUUCGAAUGCAAUAUCACCUUCAGCAACCUGGACAACUAUUUGGUCCACAAAAAGCACUACUGUAACAGUCGCUGGCAACACAUGGCAAAGUCUCCUGACUUCUCCGCCCUUUCAGAUAAGGUCCCUGAGGCAGUGAGUCCCAACAGUGGUCACAGUUCUGUUAGCAUGUUGGCCAGCUGCCACCCUGCAGAGGCCGACAGCCACCUCAUGCAGUCUGCUUGUCUGAACUCCAAUGUGUUGGACAUGAUCAAUGCUGGGGCUAAAGGGCCUGAUAAGGAUCUACCAGGACAGGUGAAGAAGGUGUCUACCCCGACUGGGGCUGAGGAGAGGCUGAAUGGCAAGCAGAUUGAGGGUAAAAGCCCCAGUACGGGUUUGGUGGAAAGUGACAAUGAUCCAACCAAGACAACCUGCGAUGCCUGCAAUAUCACCUUCAGUCGUCAUGAGACCUAUAUGGUCCACAAGCAGUACUACUGUGCCACUCGUCAUGAUCCCCCCAUGAAACGUAUGUCCACCAACAAGGUGCCCUCCAUGCAGAGAACCAUGAGGACCCGCAAGCGCAGGAAGAUGUACGAGAUGUGUCUCCCUGACCAGGACCACCAGAGGCCCCCUAUGGGUCAGCCGGGUUUCCUUGGAGUUCCUCCUAUGAACCCUUGUACAUCCCAGGAAGCUGUAGAGAACCUGGCUGACCGCUUCCACCCCCGCUGUGACAUCUUCCCAGGUAUGGUACCCAAACACCUGGAGGCCUCUCUGACUGUCACUAAACCAAUCCUGGCUCCCAAAUGCAAUACUGUGGAGCAGCAGGAGCUGGACGCUCCAAUUGAUCUCAGCAAAAAGUGUUCGCCAGUUCCUGACAAGACAUGUAGCUCUCCUAAAAGACUGUUGGACUAUCACGAAUGUGCAGUGUGCAAGAUAAGUUUUAACAAAGUGGAGAACUACCUGGCGCACAAACAGAACUUUUGCCCUGCAACAGCCGCCGCCGCUGCUGCUGCUGCUCAGCAGCAACAACAACAGCCACAGCAGCAGCAACAACACAAUGAGACUGGGAGCCUGGAGCCGACCAUGUUCCCAGAUGUGAAGAGUGAAGGCAAUAACAACCCUGAUGAUGUCUAUGAUAAGAGCCCAGGCAAAUGUGAGAAGAAUGGCAAUGGGAAGGUUAUGGUGCAGAAUGGAGGCAUGUUCCCCCCUCACCUGGGGCCUGUGCCGGCACUCAAGUCUUUUGCUGAGCCCCAGCUCAUCCCAUCAAAAGACGAGAACAAGAAUAUGUUUCUGCCCCACUGCCUUUAUCCCGGAGCAAUAAAGAAGGUGAAAGGUCCUGAGCAAAUAUCACCGUAUUUUGGGAUAAAGCCAACCGAUUACGUGACUGGGGGACCAGUGAUGCAGGGAGAGGCCAGCGAACAAGAGCAGAGCAUUAAUGGGGGAGGAGGAGGUGCAGGUGGAGGAGGAGGAGAGACAGGAACAACCAGAGAGCAGGCUCAGCAGCCUGCUGCUAAUGGCUGCCCACACCCUGGCAAGGAGCCCCUUCCCCUACUGCCCAAAAACCGGGGCAUGGUCAUUGUGAACGGGGGACACAAGCCUGAGGAGCGUUCAGGCACAGCUCCACCACAGCAGGAGAACCAGCCCCAGCCAGACAGCCAACCCCCCAAUCCCUCACCUACGUGGGCCACGGAGAACCAGGCCGACUCCAAUGAGAACAUGUCACCUUCCUCCAAGUCCCCGAACGAGGAGGCAGCACCCACAGCCAAUAAAGGCGUGAAUGGUUCUGGAAGUGGCAAGUACUGCCGCCUCUGUGAUAUCCAGUUCAACAACCUGUCAAACUUUAUUACCCAUAAGAAGUUUUACUGUUCAUCACAUGCUGCAGAGCAUGUAAAAUAAGUUAGAAGAAUAAGACAUGUUCUUCUCCUUCCCUCACCUUUUCCCCCCAACUUUUAACCUUUUUUCUCCUUUGUUUUGGUACACUGUUGUGUCUGGAAUAGUGCAUCACGCAGUGCUAAACGCUGCUUGUGGACAAUCAAGAGAAGCUUCUUCUUUCAUUGUUUUAAGACUUAAAAAUGCAAAACCAUUGGUUAAAAAAGAAAAAGAAAAGAAAAAUGAAUCAAGAAUAAUAUUGGUGCCACUUUCACAUUAAUUUAUUUUACAAUCAGUAUUAAUAGGAGUAGUGAUCUUAAUUUAAAUUCAAAAUGAAAUUUAUAUCAGAGUUGUUUGUAAUGUUAUUGUAUAGUCAUUCUUGUGUAGCACACAUAUUGUUUACACUGUAAUGUAGGCUCAAUGAAACAAUAGACAAUACAAAAAUGAGAUGCAUUUUAGACACAAAAAUAGCUACUGAGGCACUUGUGUAUUCUUAUUUGCUGUACCAGUUUCUGUAUAUGCCCAAAAUGUCACUUGCAGAUUGCUACUACUAAUGACUUGUUAGCCUUAAAAAACACCAUUUGGGUGUGAUAACCAGGCACAACCCUGCAUCUCACAUUUUGGCAUAUACACAUGGCUUUGCAUACAUAUGUGGCUGUUUGUCCCUGUCUCUUUUCUUCAACUCAGAUGUGGAUGUUUUCAUGAGGAUGGCAGCAUUCUUGUAUAGUACUCGUAUUUCUGUUUGAUGAUACACUUUGGUCUCCCUUUUUGCAAUUUGCUCUCAAUGCAAUACUUUGUAAAUGGGGGAACAUUACUGAAAGCAGUAUUAUGAAAUGGGGACUGUGCAUAUAAUUAUUUGUAACCCCAUAGGGAAAAAAAGAAGUUGUACAAGAAUUAAGUUUAUUGCUGAUGAACAAGAUGGGUGGGAGGUCAGUGGGGAUACUGAUGUAAAAUGAUCAUUCCAAUGUCCUGAUUAUGGGAGAAAAUGUUUCUUAAAACGUUGUUGCUAUGCAUGUAUAUGGAUGGAAUUAAAUUCCAGAUCUGUUGGAAAUUUUUAUUUUGAUGUGGUGUCAUAAUUAAACUUAAAUCCUCAGGAUAAACCAAUGCUGUCUGCUUCUUUCUUUCACAGUACUGUAUAUCAGUGAAAAAGCAGCUCAUGUUUGCCACAGUUGAAAUUAGAUGCAAAAGUACAUAAAGAUUUAUUGACAAAAA